GUUGAAGCUCGGCCUCUGAAGUCAUCUUCUUUACUGCAGGGAGGAGCGUGUAGGAGCAUCUGUCUCCGGUGCGUUCAAAUUCACUGGUACACAGCACUUUGCUGACUUUUAACCAGGCGAUUGAUGGCGGAGAUCCAUGCAAAAUAACAAUGCAGCCCAGAGGAGAUCGUCAAGAAAGCAGUGAUAUUUGUUGAAAAAAAAAACACCGAGUCUUCGUGAUUACAGCAUCCGGAACUGGCCGCAUCGGGUUCAUGCGCCAAGAAGAUGGUCAAUUCAGCUAACGUUGAGAAGCUGUGAGUCCCCUUUGAGGCACCUUUCUCUGGUCAUGUUGUUUGCUAGUGGUAAAAGCAGAACGUGAGGAAAGACCGACAGAGUGAAAGAAAGAGAGAGCACGAGGGCUGCUUUUGUCAUCAUGUCACACCACCAUUCGCGAGGUCACCAAGGCCGUGCUGCUAGUAUGGAAGAAAGGUGUGCCACGCCUGUUCAUAAGAGCUCCACCCCUACACACAAGAGUGCCUCCUCGUCCUCCUCCUCACAAAGAGACAGCCGACAGGAGGCAGACAGCUGGGAGAUCAUCGAGGGAUUAAAAAUUGGCCAGACGAAUGUACAAAGACCUGACAAACAUGAGGGAUUUAUGCUUAAAAAGAGAAAAUGGCCAAUGAAGGGUUGGCACAAGAGAUUCUUUGUUCUGGAUAACGGGAUUUUAAAGUACUCCAAGUCCCCCAUAGAUAUUCAGAAAGGAAAGCUGCAUGGCAGUAUAGAUGUCGGCCUGUCUGUCAUGUCCAUUAAAAAGAGAGCUCGACGCAUAGACCUGGAUACAGAAGAGCACAUUUACCAUCUCAAGGUGAAGUCUCCAGAUGUAUUCGAUGCCUGGGUGUGUAAGCUGCGUCACCAUCGUCUGUAUAGACAGAAUGAGAUUGUGCGUUCACCUCGUGAUGCCAGUUUACGCACCUUCCCUCCUCUCACCAGCAUAGAGUCACCACAGACAACCCCAGUUUCUACUCACGAAUCCAAGCAGCAGGUAAAGCCCAGCUCUCUGCCCUGGCAGCCAUCUGUGACCUCCACCACCAGCCUGCCACCGUCCUACAGUAAUGGUCAGAGCAAAGUGGCAGCGUGGCUACAGGAGUCAGAGGAGAUGGACAAGUGUGCAGAGGAGCUCGCCCAUUGUCAGUCCAGUUUGAUGGAGCUUAGUCGUUUGCUGCAAAGUUUGGAGAUUUUGCAGAGGACACAGUCAGCACCGAGCUUCACAGAUAUGCAGAGUAAUUGUGUAGAUUUAUCAAAGAAAGACAAGCGAGUCAGCAGAAGAUGGAGAACUAAAAGUGUCAGCAAAGAUACAAAAGUGCAACUGCAGGUACCGCUGAGCACAAGUAUGUCACAGAUGCGUCUUCAUGCUUCAAACCCGAAUCUAUGUGCAGAGCUAGUUGAUUACCAAACUCCAGUCGCCCGUCUGACUGAUGGCAUUGAGUGUGCCAGCGAUUACAUUAAACUGCAAGAAGACUUCUGCAUCAUCGCUCAGAAAGUACACUCACUGCUGAAGUCUGCAUUCAACACUGUUGCCAUUGAGAAGGAGAAGAUCAAACAGGUGCUGUCAGAGCAGGAGCUGUCAAGCCAAUCAGCUCAGGUCAUGACACUAAGACAUUCAUUAUCACAGGCCCUGUCUCAGAAUGCAGAGCUGAAAACUCGGCUGAACCGAAUCCACUCAGAGUCUGUGCUGUCAGAGCAGGUGGUCAGUGUUAACAUCAUCAGCAGUCCUGAUGAGGCAAGUGAACAACUCCAUGUUGGAAUACCUCUCACUCAGCAGGCCUCCAAUGAGAGCAGACUCUCCAUGUCAGAAUCCGUCUCUGAAUUUUUUGAUGCUCAGGAAGUUCUGCUUUCGGCCAGCUCAUCUGAGAACGAGGGCUCUGAUGAUGAGUCUUACGUCAGUGAUGUGAGUGAUAACAUUUCAGAGGACAACGCCAGCGUUACAGAUAACGUUUCCCGGCAAAUGCCGAAUGGAGAUGUGGCUGGGGGAGUGUUUCGAAAUGGGAGGCGUAUAUGUCUGCCCACUCCUUCUCCCGACAUCUCCAAUAUUAACCUGUGGAAUAUCCUGAGGAACAAUAUCGGUAAAGACUUGUCCAAAGUGGCCAUGCCUGUGGAGCUAAAUGAGCCACUUAACACUCUGCAGCAUAUGUGUGAGGAGCUGGAGUACACCGAGCUGCUGGACAAAGCGGCUGAGACUGAUGACCCCUAUGAACGCAUGGCGCUGGUAGCUGCGUUUGCUGUCUCAGCGUACUCCUCCACAUACUACCGUGCAGGCAGCAAACCCUUUAACCCCAUACUGGGUGAGACGUACGAAUGUAUCCGAGAAGACAAGGGCUUCUGCUUCUUUUCUGAACAGGUGAGCCACCACCCCCCAGUCUCUGCCUGCCACUGUGAGUCCAAAAACUUUACCUUUUGGCAAGAUGUCAGAUGGAAGAAUAAGUUCUGGGGGAAGUCUAUGGAAAUCCUCCCCAUUGGCAUCAUCAAUGUCAUGCUUCCCAGGUAUGGUGACCAUUAUGAGUGGAAUAAAGUGACCACAUGUGUGCACAACAUUCUGAGUGGUAGAAGGUGGAUCGAGCACUAUGGCGAGAUCACCAUCCGAAACACCAAGAGUAGUGCCUGCAUCUGCAAACUUACCUUCAUCAAGGGUAACUACUGGAGUUCCAAUGUGAACGAGGUGCAGGGUUUUGUGAUGGACCAGGAAGGGAAGGUGGUCCACCGGCUCUUCGGGAAAUGGCAUGAAGGUCUUUACUGUGGUGUACCACCCUCUGCUAAGUGUAUCUGGAGACCAGGCUCGAUGCCUACAGACUAUGAGCUUUACUACGGAUUUACCAGGUUUGCCAUUGAGCUGAAUGAGCUUUGUCCAGAGAUGAGGGAGUUGCUUCCACCUACAGAUGCUCGCUUCCGACCAGAUCAGAGGUAUCUGGAGGAGGGGAAGCUGGAGUUAGCUGCAGCUGAGAAACAGAGGAUUGAGGAGCUUCAGAGAGCGAGGAGGAAGUGGCACGAAGAAAGCAACACCAAACAUCAGCCCCGCUUUUUUAAAAAAACUGUAGACUUAAACCAGAGAGAGAGGUGGGUGUCCAAUAACACAUACUGGGAGCUGCGUAAGGAUCCUGGCUUCCAAAAGCUGGAAAACCUUCAACUGUGGUAGCAUCUAAAUGCUUGUACAAAACAUAUCACCAUUGCUACAGACUCCAGAAGCUUUACCUAUGCACAGUACGGCUUACAUUGAAGCGCAGCGGCACGGGACUUUACUGGCGGCUCUCACUCGGCUCCUGAGGGACGGCUGAGGACAGACUCUGCACAUGCUGCACCACAUCUCCCUAUCCACAGCCUCUCUCACUGGACUAACAUAUAGAGACAGGGUCGUUGUCACAGCAACUGCCUGGGAGUUGUAGAUCUGUCUGUCCUGUUGAAGCCCGUCAGGCUUCCUGUUACGCCCUUGCCUUAACAAGCCGCUUCUUAAUAACCCAGUUUUAUGCUUUUAGUGAAAUCUGUUUGAUUUCUUCACAUUUAGACCGGCAGUGUGAAUUUUAUCUCUUGGUUACAUAGACAGUAUCGACAGAAUAUCCUGCAUGUUUAGGUGGCAGCUUUCGUUGGCAUAUGCUAUACCGACUUGUUGGCAUAUCAUUUGUAGUUUUAAAAUGUAAUGGUAUUUUUGUAAGCUGUCAGAGCUGAGAACCUCAUUGCCAGCGCAGGGACAAGAAGUAUUUCCCAACAGCAGGGCACAUAUAAACCAGCCAGUUCUUUUCCUUUCAUUCAGCACCGCCAGCUCUCCUUCAACUCUUUAGUGACUAUGAAGUGGACUUGCCUAAGUGACACUGGUUUUAGUUUUAUACCACAGUCUGUUAAGUUUCAUUCUAAAUAUAUUUGCUUAUACUUUAAAAAGAAAUACACCCUCAAAGCAUUCUGAGCCUGCUGAAAAGCUGCAGCAUAAACGAGAGGCCUAAAUGUGUUUAAAGACCCUAAAAUCUCGGCCACUUUGUGCAGUAUGCCUGUCAGUGUCUUUGUUUAUAGCAUUGCUUACAGUACAUCCAGCCAGAAGACUUUCUAGAUUUUCUAGUUUGUAAACUUCACACAGCAAUCACCAUAAGAUUGGCCAUCAAUCCCCAGGCACAUAUAUUUAGCAUCUCUAAAAAAAAGUUAUAAUUGUUUAGUUUUUAAAGGAUUAAAUCCUUAAAACGUUUUAAAUGUUGAAUUUGGAGGAUUGUAAAAUAUAAGUGAAAUGUAAUUGUAAACUGUUCUUCCAUUUGCUGUGUGUGUGUGUGUGUGUGUGUGUGUGUGUGUGUGUGUGUGUUUGCGUGCGCACGCACCAGGAUCAGGACAUCUUUAAUCUCAGUUGUUCUUUUCUUACAUCAGUGACACCCAGUGGCCACUCUGUUGUUGUUUCUUUUUUUUAAGAAUAUAGAUUUAAGUUUGAAAUGAAACAUAAGAUAACUUUCUUAAUAUCUAUUACAAUGCAGUCAUAAUGUAGUAAAUAUGUUACUGGAUCUCUAAUUCUAAUAAUAAACCUCAACCUUUGUUUAGGAAGUCAACUUAAACAAAGAUCUUAUUGCUUA